GCUGUCCACGACCUUGGAGGCCUCUUCCGGAAGCUGCCGUGCCAGGAGCGGGAUGCUGCGGAAACAGGCCCAGGAGGAGGACAGUACCAUCCUGAUCGACAUGGCCCCCGGGGUCGAGAAUGGCGACUCGUACGGGAGCACAGCCAACACCUCAGAGCUGAACGGACAGCAGGAGGCCGCCCACAGGGUGGGGAGCCCUUCCAAGCCCCAAAUAGCCGACUUUGUCCUUGUUUGGGAGGAAGACCUGAGGCUGGGUCAGCAGCAGGACAGCGCCACCCGGGACAAGACAGACACACACGCGGCCUGGAGGAAGACCUUUCUGGAUAACCUCCGCGCAGCUGGGCUAUGUGUGGACCAGCACGACGUCCAGGACGAGGCAGGCGCCGUGCACUACGUCCUCCUCAGCGCCCCCUGGGCCGUGCUCUGUUACUACGCGGAGGACCUGCGCCUGAAGCUGCCCCUGCAGGAGCUGCCCAACCAGGCCUCCAACUGGUCGGCGGGCCUGCUCGCGUGGCUGGGCAUCCCCAACAUCCUGCAGGAGGACGUGCCUGACGUGCCCCCCGAGUAUUACUCCUGCCAGUUCAAAGUGAGCAAGCUGUCAAGGUUCCUCGGGAGUGACAACCAAGACACCUUCUUCGCCAGCACCAAGAGGCACCAAAUUCUGUUUGCCAUCCUGGCCAAGACCCCAUACGGCCACGAGAAGAAAGGGCUGUUCGGGAUCGACCAGCUGCUGGCAGAGGGCGUCUUCAGCGCGGCCUUCCCUCUGCAUGAUGGCCCGUUCCGGACGCCCCCAGAGGGCCCGCAGGCCCCGCGCCUCACCCAAAGGCAGGUCCUGUUCCAGUUCUGGGCUCGCUGGUGCAAGUGGAACAAGUACCAGCCUCUAGACCACGCCCGCAGGUACUUCGGGGAGAAGGUGGCCCUCUAUUUCGCCUGGCUCGGGUUCUACACAGGCUGGCUCCUGCCGGCAGCGGCAGUGGGCACUCUGGUGUUCCUGGUGGGCUGCUUCCUGGUGUUCUCAGACAUACCCACGCAGGAGCUAUGCAAUAGCGAGGAAAGCUUUGAGAUGUGCCCACUCUGCCUCGACUGCCCGUUCUGGCUGCUCUCCAGCGCGUGCACCCUGGUCCGGGCUGGCCGGCUCUUCGACCACGGAGGCACCGUCUUCUUCAGCAUGUUCAUGGCGCUGUGGGCCGUGCUGUUCCUCGAGUACUGGAAGCGCAAGAGCGCCACGCUGGCCUACCGCUGGGGCUGCUCCUACUACGAGGACAUCGAGGAGAGGCCUCGGCCCCAGUUUGCCGCCUCGGCCCCCAUGACGGCCCUGAACCCCAUCACUGGUGAGGACGAGCCCUACUUCCCGGAGAGAAGCCGCGUGCGCCGAGUGCUGGCAGGCUCCGUGGUGGUCAUGAUGAUGGUGGCCGUGGUCGUCAUGUGCCUUGUGUCCAUCAUCCUGUACCGGGCCAUCAUGGCCAUCCUUGUGUCCAGGUCGGACAACACCCUCCUCGCAGCCUGGGCCUCGCGCAUCGCCAGCUUCACAGGGUCGGUGGUGAACCUGGUCUUCAUCCUCAUCCUCUCCAAGAUCUACGUGGCCCUGGCUCACAUCCUGACCAGAUGGGAAAUGCACCGCACCCAGACGCAGUUCGAGGACGCCUUUACCCUCAAGGUGUUCAUCUUCCAGUUCGCCAACUUGUACUCCUCGCCCAUCUAUGUCGCCUUCUUCAAGGGCAGGUUUGUGGGAUACCCGGGCAACUAUCACACCUUGUUUGGGGUCCGCAACGAGGAGUGCGCGGCCGGAGGCUGCCUCAUCGAGCUGGCGCAGGAGCUCCUGGUCAUCAUGGUGGGCAAGCAGGUCAUCAACAACGUGCGGGAGAUCCUCGUCCCGAAGCUACAGGGCUGGUGGCAGAAGUCCCGUCUGCGCUCCAAGAAGAGGAAGGCUCGGCCUUCUGAUGCAGCUGGCCAGGCGCCCUGGGAGGCCGACUACGAGCUUCUGCCCUGUGGGGGCCUGUUUGAAGAGUACCUGGAAAUGGUGCUGCAGUUCGGCUUCGUCACCAUCUUCGUGGCCGCGUGCCCGCUUGCGCCGCUCUUCGCGCUGCUCAACAACUGGGUGGAGGUCCGUCUGGACGCGCGCAAGUUCGUCUGCCAGUACCGGCGCCCGGUGGCCGAGCGCGCGCAGGACAUCGGCAUCUGGUCCCACAUCCUGGCGGGCAUCGCGCACCUGGCGGUCGUCAGCAACGCCUUCCUGCUGGCCUUCACGUCCGACUUCCUGCCGCGUGCCUACUACCGCUGGACCCGCGCCCGCGACCUCCACGGCUUCGUCAACUUCACGCUGGCGCGCGCCCCGCCCGCCUUCGCGUCCGCGCACAACCGCACGUGCAGGUACCAGGCUUUCAGGGGAGAUGAUGGGCAGUAUUCUCCGACCUACUGGAAUCUUCUGGCCAUCCGCCUGGCCUUCGUCAUUGUGUUUGAGCACGUGGUGUUCUCCAUUGGCCGUGUCCUCGACCUCCUGGUACGCGACAUUCCUGAGUCUGUGGAGGUCCAAGUGAAGCGGGAAUACUACCUGGCCAAGCAGGCGCUGGCUGAGAAUGAGGUGAGCGCCGCCCGCCUCCCCCACCCCGGCCCUCCUGCGUCCCCUGCCCUCGUCCACCAGUGGCACGGCACCUGGUCCAGCGCUCUGCCUUGGCACGUGACAGACCACAGUCGGUCCAUUCACUCCCUCCUGCGCCCUCUCCUGGAGACAGGCUCUCUCCAGAACAAAGGACAACGGCUUUCUGGGCUCGGAGAAGAGUCUGGGCCCACAGCCUACAACGCCAGGAGUUGGCCAGGCCUCACCAGUCCCCUCCCUCUGAGGUCACAGGGGUCACCUCAAGUUGGCAGUCCCACCUGGAGGGCAGGGACUCAGAGGCCCCAGAACUAUCAAAGGCUCACUGCCCUCCAGAGGCCACACAGCUCACCUCCUGCUGCUUCCCGGCCCAGGGCGCUGUGCCUUCAAUGACCCUGGGUCUCUGCUCAUGCACCUUACCUCCCAGGUGCUGGCUGGGGGCCCCCAAGGCCAGCUGACUGCAGUCCCAAUAGCUGGAGCUGCUCCCUGCCAUCUUCCUCCCAGCCCCCGGGGCAGGUGGCUUCAUACUUGAUUUGCUGGCUCCCCUCACCCCUGCUCAGGGCCCACUGCCCGCUUCCCCCCAGCCUCUUGCUGCUCUGGGCGCUGAUCCAUCGCCCACAUGCCACCUGGGAGAAUCACACCAGAGACUAGAACUAUGUGGAUCUCCAGUUACCACUCAAGAGCAUGUGGAAGACACCCCUGGUCCCACAGGACCAAAACA